CCCCACGCAUCAGGCUUCCUUCUCCACCAGACGCGGUCCCAUGAUAGAAAGGGGAUCCAUCCAGCCAUGACACUCCCCGAUGGAAACCAUCCUUCGCUGUCGCUCGUACCUCUCCGAAUCCGACUCGCUAGUCGUUCCUUUCUCCUGGAGGCCUAACCGCGCCCCCUCCCUAAUUUUCCCGUUUGGAAUUGAGGCCUAACCAGACGGGGCCGGUGUUCGCAAGAAACGCCGCGCCCGCGAGUCGUUUGUGGAAAUGCCGCAGGAGGAAAGCCACUGUAUCCUGAGGCGCCGCCACUUAGAGUGGUUCAGAGGAUGGUUGUACAAAUGCCACACCCAGAGGAUGGCUUAUUCCGUUCUCCAUCGGCUGCUUGCUUAGUCAUCUGGUGAUCGACAGUGCACUGACACGAGACAAUAUUCUGAUGAAGCAACAUUGAGCCUAUGAGCUGUAUCGACGGAAUGCUCUCUGCAUCACAGGCGUUUGAGGAAAUGUUGCAGGACGAGAUCUGGGGUUUUGAAGGUUCUGGGACUCUGUCUGGUGCAUUCAUGAACAUACAAUCUUGCAAUUUUUCCUUGUAUGUUCGAUGUCACAUUGUGAAAACCUAUACGACACAUUCUACCUGACAGCUAUCUCACAACUAUUGGACAUGCUCUCAGUGGAGCCAAAAGUAAAGAUGUGGGCCCAUCAGGGGGGACUUUCCUGGCAAACUCCCGCUGCCAUAUUCAAAAUGAAGAUGAAAGGUCAGCGGAAACUUCCUGGAAGUUUCGAGAUUGUGUCUCUUUUUGUUCUCAAGUGGUCACCCUUUUCUGUGAAUCAACGCUUCCAUGUGGCCGUCACAUCAUGGGAAGUUUCUUGGGGAGACUCACCCAGAUGUUAACACUUGAGUUUGAAAAUUUUCUCAUCUACAGGCCCCGCAGGAAGCCCCUUAGGAAUCAUAUAUAAGCUAGUGAUAUACUAGCUGUUGUGUUUUCCCACAAAAUCUUUCUCAGACUUGCAGCCUCUCACAAGUUAAAGUACAUGUUCUGGCUAGCUAUUGAGUCCUUAUUUUCUGGAGGUGUUCUUCGCAGUUCUUAGAGGAGAUGGCAACAUGGAAUGGUGUAGGUCAAGUGGCCAGUGUUGCGCAACUAGCAGGGAUAGAUGCAUAUGGGCUGAUCAAGAUGAUUGUGGAGGCAGUGCAGACCGUUAGGAGGAACAAGGAGACCUGCCAAAAGCUCGCGCGACGCGUCAAGAUGAUAGGUGACCUUCUGCAGGAGCUUCAUGAGGCACAAUUGAUGCAACACCGAGAUACGAGGAACCCAGUGGAUCAGCUGGAGGAGACACUUCGGCGAGUUUUGAUGCUUAUCACAACCUGCCAGGACAGCAGCUUCAUGUAUCACUGCUUCACCGGAGGUAAUCAGGCUUGCCAGUUACGUGAGGUGGAGAAUGAUAUCGCCUUCUACCUCCAGAUUUUCCCCCUUGUGAGCCAUGUUGAUACUUCCCGUACCUUGGUGCUGCAUUUGAGCAGAGGUCAACCUUCACCUACAGAGGAGUAUGCAGAGGAGGCGCAGAUACUAAAAGAUGAUUCAGGCCAUGCAACUUCACCUAGGAUUGAAGCCACAGCUGAGACACUUGAAUCAAGACUUCAGGGAGUAAACAGGAAUUUGCCAGGAAGCAAUAUUUUCUAUGGAUCACAAAAAAGCAAGGUUAAACGGCUUGCUGUGGGCAAGGACAUACUUGUAAAACUAUUCUGUGCUGCAAGACGUUCAAGAUUAUUGCUGUUCAAUCUUUCUCAGGUCGAAAGGUAUACAGAAAAUUUCAAAUGGGAUAAUGUGGUUGGAUGUGGUGCUUUUGGCUAUGUUUACAAGGGAAAACUACCUAGCGGGAUUGAGAUUGCGGUCAAAAGAUUUGCAACAUCAUCAACUCAAGGUUCAGCAGAAUUCUCUGCUGAGAUUGAAACAAUUGCAAAUCUUCAACAUAGAAAUGUAAUAAGGCUACUUGGGUUUUGCAUUCAAAGAGAAAAGGACUUUCUGGGAUUUCAGAUUCAGCAGGAAGAGAUGAUUUUAGUUUACGAAUACAUGCCAAACAAGAGCUUGGCCUCUUUUCUCUACAGCUAUACAAAGACGGGAGAAUCACUUAAUUGGUCUAAGCGCCUCGAUAUAAUUGAAGGGAUAGCUCAGGGUCUUGUUUACCUCCAUGACCUAUCGUCUCACCAAUGUGUUGUCCACAUGGAUUUGAAAGCCAAUAAUAUAUUGUUAGAUUAUGAAAUGAACCCUAAGAUUUCUGAUUUUGGGAUGGCUAGGAUAUUACCUUCUAGCGGGACUGAAGAGACUUCGGACACUGCUAAAGGCACAACUGGUUAUAUGGAUCCAGAAUAUAUCAGGUCUGGGAAAUUCUCAGCGAAGUCUGAUGUGUAUAGCUUCGGCAUCAUGAUUCUUGAGAUCGUAAGUCGAAAGAAAUGUCUUUCUUUAUUAUCCAAUGGAGAUAUGAUGGAUCUACCGACGCGUGUCUGGGAGCUAUGGAAAGCAGGAAAGCCCCACGAGCUUGCUGAUGUAUCAUCGCCAAGUAAUGACCAACAAACGGCUCAGAUCAUCAGAUGCAUUCAUGUGGCACUGCUGUGUAUUCAAGACUGUCCGAUGCACCGGCCUACCAUGUUGGAUGUGCUUCUGAUGCUACGCAGCGAGAGCUUCGCCAGCUUACCUACACCUAGCGUGCCAGUCCACCACACAGAUGAGCAUCAAGCUGAAGCCCUGACGCUCGAGGGGUUCUGGGAGGUGAACGUACCAUUACAACCUGUUCAGGAGAUGGUCACUUCGUAGUGCAGAGAAUUGCUGAUAAUCUCUGCACGCAUUUGCAGGACUAUCUUAUUAAUUGUACUGCCACUAGCUCGUCAAUAGCUGGACCAAUAUUGGUGCUCUGUGCCUUACAAGAAGUGGUGCCUGAAUGUAGCCUGAAAUUCAUACGAUUUAUUUGCCUGACCAGGCAGGCCGAGGGACAUGUUUGGUUCGUGGCCUUUGCCUGAGGAGAAACCGUAAAGUUCAAACCCGUGUUGUGGACGAGUUAACAGAAAAAGGAAUAGUUUGCUUUCAUCAAGCCAAGCAAAUCACAUGCCAUGGGCCUUUUAUAGUACUCCACUAGUAAAGUAAAUAAAGUGGAAGACGAAGUUGCUAACACUCCCUUAAGCCGAUCUA